AUGGCCUCCAUGACCGGAGGAGCAACUAUUCGAAACGAGGAUGAGGAGGGCAACCUGAACAAACUGAUCGUCCCUACGAGGCACGCCAGUGCGCCGGUAGCACCGAACUUUUUCCUCGAGACCAAAGGUCCUAGUGGAGGCGCCGAUGUUGCGUUGCGACAGGCAUUGCACGACGGAGCCAUCGGCGCCCGCGCGAUGCACUCGCUGCAGAACUACGGCGCAGAGGAGCCGACUUUCGACGGCAAUGCGUACACCUACAGCUCGACAUACCACGCCGGCACGGGCACGCUCCAGCUGUACGCGCACCACGUCGCGCCCCCGACCGCCCCAGACGGGCGCCCUGAGUACCACAUGAGUCAGAUUGAGGCUUAUGCUCUCACGGGCAGCCGGAAGCGCUUUGUCGAGGGAGCUACAGCAUUCCGAAAUGCGAGAGAUAUGGCGCGCCGUCACCGCGACGGGUUUAUCCAGAGCGCCAAUGCAAGAGCACGCCAAACCGAUGCAGAGGCGCCGCCUGAAGCAGAAAGUUCAAGUGCUGUGACAGAGCAGGACGAAGACUCAAUUUCCGACGAAUUCGUGGACUGA